AACACAGCGGGGGGUAGAUCACUACGCGAUUAUAAUCGCUCCUCCUCCUGGCUGCGUGUGGCUAAAAUCAUCAAUGACGAGAUCUGCCUUCUCAUAUAUGUACACAUGCAACAUGAUUCUGCUCCGGCAAGGUUUACGACACACAAUGGAGUACCACACGUAUUUGCUCCUUCUGGGAAUAUUUUUUCCAGUAGCGCAUGCAUCGUUUGAAGCAGACAUGAAGAGAAUUUUGCCUACGUGUACCAUCAUCGACAAAUAUAUGGAGAAGACGAGAUGCUUGGACCCAGUAAAUAUGGAAGCCAAUGAAGACAGAAUCGUAAUGGAGGAGGAAUGUCGCUGUCCAGAAUACCAGGGCUGCUUUCUUAAAGUUAUCAACGAGAUUUCCGAUGGGAAUACCAUUGUUGAUAUGGCGUCAGCACAGAAACGCUAUAUAUGCAAAUCAAAGAAGACACUGGAGGCAGAAAGGAAGAAAUUCAUGGAAGCCACUAACCAUGCUGCGAAUGGCUGAACAUAAUGGCUGAAUACUUAAUAUACACAGUCCAGAAAGUGCUGCGUAAAAUUCACAGAAAUAAAAACAUGCAAUGUU